CAAAAAAAAAAAAAAAAUCAAAAAGGAAAAGGGAAGCAAGGCAUGAGUCGUGAGAGGGAGUCUACGCAGCGGAGGCCAAAUCGGAACGAACAUGAUGCACUCCUUUCUCUUUUUCCUAGCUCCAAUUCAUCUCCUGCUCCGCAAAAUCUCCAUUGUUAACGAUCUGUUGAGCUCCAAAGCCAUAACACAGGAAGGCCGAGGAGGAGGAGGGAGAAGAAGAAGAUUAGCGGCCAUGAUUACGCGAUCGAAUCUACCGGAGCAGUUGAGAGAGUACCAGAUUCGAUCCAAGCAUGAUUGGGCAUCCUUUUCGUUUUUCUCUUCCACUUCCAAUAUCGCUUCUUCUAGGGUGGAUGUUGUCAUCUUUGUCAUAUGGGAACUCAUCAUUCUUGCUUUUCUGGUUUUUUCUGCAGUUUCAUUAUAUUUUAGGCAUAUGAAACUUGGUUUUAUCUUAGUAUGCAUCACGUUGCUUUUGCUUCUAUGCAUGAAAAUUACAAAGCAAGUGAGAUUGGCUAGAAAGAAGAAACGUAGGAUGCUUCUUCCAUUGUCUAUGUAGAACACCACGAAGGUUAUUAUUUUUUUUUUUUUCCUUUUCUCUAAAUGAUCAACUUUACCAUGUAAAUUGUGGAAACAUGUGGCCAUUUUGUUUGGCCUAUUCACGCCCUUUGUUUACUGGAAUAUGUAAUUUCAUCUAAUGAAAGUUGAUUGAGAAAUAUACUUAGUGUGAUUACCCAAAGACUGAUGAACAAUAUGGUUUUGUCUUAUUUGAUGGAAUGUUGGAUUUUUCCAUUGAACUAGGGCCAUUUCAUUUGGCCUACUCAAUGUCUUUCUUUUUGAUGCAGGAAAAUUAGAGAAGUUCUAGUUUCAGAUCUAUUUGUGCGUUAAUUAUUUUAGUUCCUAGUAUCUUACUUACAUUACAUUAGUUUUAUUGUUCCAGCUUCUCAGUUUACUGAAACAUUGUAUAAACAGAUUUUUAGACC